AGCUUGACCAGGCUGCAGAACCAGGGACGUGGCUGGGGGAGAAUGUGGACGCUGGCCGGGCCUAUCCUUGUAGAUUCCAAAAUCUUGGCACCGGCCAUGGUCAUGCCCUCUGUUCUGGAAGCCAUAGUCUGUAAGCAGUCCCACCCUAUCUGCUCGAUUAAGUACAUGAAGGAGGUCUCACCGUAUUUCAAGAAUUCUGCUGGCGGGACUUCGGUUGGCUUCGACUCACCUCCUGCCUCACCUCUUCAGCGGCAGCCUGCUUCCCCUGGCCCCCAACCCCGGAACCUCAGUGAGGCCAAACACAUAUCCUUGAAGAUGGCCUAUGUCUCAAGGAGGUGCACCCCCACUGACCCGGCACCCAGGUAUCUAGAGAUCUGUGCAGCAGAUGGUCAGGACACCCUCUUCUUGAGGGCCAAGGAUGAAGCCAGUGCAAGGUCAUGGGCCGGUGCUGUCCAAGCCCAGAUCAACGUUUUCAUACCUUGGGUCAAGGACGAGCUGCAGGCACUGCUGUCAGCCGCAGGUACAGCCGGAAGCCAGGACGUCAAGCAGAUCGGCUGGCUGACAGAACAGUUGCCCAGUGGGGGUACGGCCCCAACCCUGGCCCUGCUGACGGAGAAGGAGCUGCUCCUCUUCUGCUCUCUCCCCCAGACUCGAGAGGCCCUGAGCAGGCCAGCCCGCGCCGCCCCGCUCAUUGCCACCAGGUUGGUGCACUCGGGCCCCUCCAAGGGUUCAGUGCCCUAUGAUGCAGAACUGUCCUUUGCCCUGCGCACGGGCACACGCCACGGUGUGGACACUCACCUGUUCAGUGUGGAGUCACCGCAAGAACUGGCAGCCUGGACCCGACAGCUGGUGGACGGCUGUCACCGGGCCGCUGAAGGGGUACAAGAAGUGUCUACAGCCUGCACGUGGAACGGCCGUCCCUGCAGCCUGUCUGUGCACAUCGACAAGGGCUUCACACUGUGGGCAGCUGAGCCGGGAGCAGCCCGAGCCGUGCUGCUCCGACAGCCCUUCGAGAAGCUUCAGAUGUCAUCAGAUGAUGGCACGAGUCUCCUUUUCCUGGACUUUGGGGGUGCUGAAGGAGAGAUCCAGCUGGACCUGCAUUCGUGUCCCAAAGCCCUGGUCUUUAUCAUCCACUCCUUCCUCUCCGCCAAAGUCACCCGCUUGGGGCUCUUGGCCUAGAAGCUUCCGGAUGCACUAGCCUGGAAGAGGAUUGUUCACCUUGCGGCCUGACCUGUGUCCUUCUGCUGACUGCCUGCUCACCUUUGGGCUGAGGGAAGGGGAGAGGAGCAGCCUGAGGAAGGCUGGCUUGGUCUUGGGGAGCAGAAGCUCAGACCUGGGACAGCCAGCAGUCUGGCUUGUGAUGGGGCGGCCUUCCCCCUGCUCACCUCCACCAGUGCCUUUCGAAGAAGAGAUAUUUUGUGUACACAGAAGCCAUUCCAAGCCUGGGACCUGCCCCUGUGGGGUUCCUGACCCUAGACAACAGCAGCGCUACCAGGCCUCCUGGUAGCCUGAGAUCUCUGCAGCUGGAGACUUCUGGGUCAGUGGCAAGAGGAAGAAGAAGGGUCUACCCGUUUGCUUUCCCUUGGGCCCCAUGGGGCAUCUGGGUUCUCUCCUCCUUCUCUCUCUUGGAUAAUAAACAGCCUGUGAACACACUGCAGCCUGGACCCAUGUCUGUGGU